UCAUCCCAUAUAUUUCAUUCGUUUAUGAAUCACAUUGCUGUGUGCUGGUGAUCGUUUGCACCAGUGAAAACUUUUGCAAUGGAUUUGUUGUUUACGCCAUUCUGGCUUGUGAAGGUCACAAAUUGCAGGUUCCUCGUUCAUUACUUGUUGCUAACUAUUCUUGCGAGUAACCCGGAUAGUCGCAAAUUUGCUUCAGGCAAACUUGACCGUCAUCAUGGAGGUAAUAAUGUUAUUGACCAUUCUACUAUUCUGCACUGGAGUAUUCUCCAAGGACUCAUUCGUCUGUGAAGACGGCAAGAAGCUCAAGCUGGGAAUUUGCAUUAUCAAAAACUUGAACUACGAGUACCUAGACGAUCUGACGGAGGACAGCUUCCCCAACGCCACUCAUCUGGAGUUUCGUAACAGCUACAUUCCCUAUUUCGGUAGACAUACGUUCGAGAUACUCCCGGGAGGAGUUAGACAGCUAACGCUUCGCAAUGGCUAUGUGCGGGAAAUCAACUUGCAGUCCUACUCACCCAUCGAACGACUCCAAGUAAUCAACACAGAUUUGGUCACUUUAGACGCAGUAUCGGAACCCAAUUAUAGCUUGAAGGCACUUUUCGUUCGAUCGGCGGUAUUUUCCCGAUGGUCCGCAAGUCUUCAGUUCUUGAAAGCGCUGGAAGUGAUCGACGUAGCGUACUGUAACUUUACCUUCAUCAGUUUGGAUUGGUUCGAGGGAAAUGAAAAGCUGCGACUGCUGGAUGUAUCGAACAACAAGUUGAAGACGAUUGGCAGUAGACCAGGGCUGACAUUGCCAGCGCUGCAGGAGCUUUACAUUUGGGGUAAUCGGUUGGAGUUUCUGUGGCGGUUUCCGGACGUGUUCCCGAAUCUGUUGAUACUGAACCUGUCGGACAAUUUGUGGCGUUGCAGUUGGGUUUCGAUGGCAAGGGAUGCGAUCCGUGAUCAGGGCAUUGUGGUGAUUGAUUCAGAUUACUCGUGCAAAUCGGGAUGGGUGCUGAAUGGAGGACUAUGCUGUCGAAUGCACGCAGACUCGCGAUUUGAAGAAGAUGAUAGGCUUGAUGCGGAUGUGACAAGAGGUGCAAAGCAAAGUCCAUCUUUUUCGGCGGUGUUGGUUGAUUACAUCGUUAACGAAACGAGUGGUAAUGUGAUGGGGAUGAGAAUGGGGAAUUCAGUGGUCUACCUUGAUGAACAUGUCUCAAAAUAAGGCAGAUGUAUGUUGGAAUCCCGUGAGAACAACUCCAAUUAAUUUUCUUUCUGGAAUAUAACACGCGAAAACUCAUUUACUAGUCCAAUACUUUUAUUUCACCGACCAGAUCAUUCCAACCGAUCUAUCGCAACGCUCUACAUCAAACUGACUUUCAUUCAUUGUGCACAAUUCAAUUCAAAAUACAAUAGGGGUUUCUAGCACUUGAUUUUAAAUCCAACAUGUAUGGCCAUAAUCGUAUAUGUGCAGUGAUAACCAUGAUUUAUAACAAUUGAGUAAUGAAGUGCUGAGUUUUUUUUUCAAGUCAAAUGUUUCAUUACAAUUACAGCUUUUGAAACUGAUGAUAUUGCAUAUAUAUAAACCAUUAAAAUUCGUUGAAAAAAUUUGGUUGUUUGUAUUGUGCUGUAUUUUCCUAGAGGUUCUCCUUUUUGCCCAAGUCAAGCAAAUUUCCAUUUCAGUGAGAUCCAGG